ACAGUACCAGUUACGGUUUCUAAUACAAAUCAAGAAACUUGGGCAGAGAUCCAAAUGGAAGAUCUGCAGAUUAACCAAGCUGAAAAUGAGGAUCAACAAGAGCAAGUAGUCACUGGGAUUGAGAUGAUCCAGUUGAUUUGUGCAAGUUGUCUAAAUGGCUUUGACUCGGAAGAAAGCUUUGCUAAGCAUGUAUGUUCUGGACAACAAAAUACUGACAACAUUGUAACGGGUGAAACAACUGUUGACAGUGAGGAACAGCAGCACGUCAUUAUCCAGGCAUCACCAGAACUUUGCAAUGGUGUUGGUCCACAGACAUUGAGUAUAAAUCAGGAAGACCUGGCAACUAGUCUAGUAAGUGGUGUAACAUCAGAAGGAGUAACUGUGUCCAUGGUUCCUAGUGACCAGGUUGAAGUUGUCCAGGCCAUAGAUACAGUAACCCAGGAGACCCAAAUUCAGCAGCCUCUGGAGUUACAGACAAUGGAAGAAACAGACGAGCCACAAAAUAUUUCAGUGUUGUCUGAUAGUACUGGUUCUGUGGAGAGAAAUCUUGGCCUUCUCAUGUCUAUGAUGCAGGCCCAUGCCAAUUCAGACCAUGUCACAUCUGUACAGCUUCCUGCUGAUCACAGUGAUGUGUCCAGCUUGGUGGUUAGUAGAGGCUCUCAGUUGGAUCUCGCCACCAGUGAUACUACUGUAGUCUCUGCUACUGAUGUAAAACAGACUUCAUCUAUGGCUAGUUCUCUUCUACCCUCUACUGAUUAUCAAAGUAUCCAGCAUGUGGCUGUGACUGACCAAGACAAUGGUCAGUCUAUAGUUAUGAUGGUGUCUGGAGAUGGCGAAGACAGCCAGCAGCACAUUCCCAUAGAGCUACCUGGAGAACAGCCAUUUACCAGUGCAGCUGUGGUGAAUGUUCCCACUUCAGAUGGUGGUUCUCGAGUGCUUUUGAUCCCUAUCAGUUCAACUGAUGGACAAAAUACAGUUCUUAGUCUCCCUCGUGGAAUCACCCUUGGUUCUGAAGAUUCUGACUGUGGAGAUGUUAGCAUGACAGUAACUAUGGAGGCUCCCAGCAGUGAAGAAGAAGCUAAGGCAGAUGAUAGUGAACAGGCUUACCUGUCUCUGCCAAUAAUGGCAGAAAGUUAUGUUGAUGGACUUCUGGAGACAACAUCAGACUCCACAUCACAGGGAAGUAUGGUAACAAUAGAGCAGUUGGGUGUUCCUCCUCCUCACCCUAGUUAGUUAAAGCUCUGCCAGAAACCAAUGUGGUAACAUAUUUUCAAACUUCCAUUAAGCCAGCAGGAACUAACAAAGUUAGUUUACUUCAGAACUGCAUUCAUGCUAUUUCAUUAUUUUAUACCAGUUUUUAACCAUCAUGUGUCAAAUUUAGCUGAUCGUGGGAAGAACUUGAUCUUACAGAUUCAGCGUUUUUGUCUGCCCCCCCUCUCCCUCUCACUUGUUUGCAUAAAUAUGUCAUACAUUUUGUACAGGCUAGUUUCUUAAUACAAACCAUCUGCCAGAUCUGUAUGUGUAUUUUUAUUUUAUCCUGGUUUUAUUAGCUUCAGUUGUAAAUGUUAGUUUUAACUGAACUUUUCAUAUAUGUAUCAUACCCGAAUAAAAGAAAAUAUUAAACUAAAAA